AUGGGUCAGACUAAACCAAGUUUGGUAGGAUUGGCCUUGGCAUAUUCAAUAUCGAUAUCUGCCUAUUUAACAUGGUUGGUUCGUGCUGGUGCAGACUGUGAGAUGUACAUGAACGCUGUGGAACGAGUCGAAUAUUAUUCGCAAGUAAACACAGAGCAAUACCAAGGAAUUUACAACCCUCCUUCUGAUUGGCCAGAUAAAGGUGACAUUAUUUUAGAGAACGUGUCCGUGAGAUAUGCUGCUGGGCUAGACCCUGUGUUACGUGAUGUCAGUGUUCGGUUCAAAGCUGGCGAAAAGGUGGGUAUAUGUGGUCGAACCGGAAGUGGCAAAUCAUCCCUGACUCUGGCGUUGUUCAGAAUUAUUGACACAUUUCAAGGUCGUAUACUCAUUGAUGGCGUUGAUAUAUCCCAUGUUCCAUUGUUAACACUUCGUAGUCGACUUGCCAUUAUCCCACAAGAUCCUGUUUUAUUUCAAGGGACUAUAAGGUUCAACUUGGACCCAGAACACUCGAGAACUGAUGACGAAUUAUGGGAGGCUCUAGAUAUAGCCCAGUUGAAAACAGUCGUCAGUGAAUUGCAUAUGACGUUAGAUGCCCAAGUCACGGAAGAAGGUGAAAACUUCAGCCUUGGACAGAGGCAGUUAUUCUGCUUAGCCAGAGCAUUUUUACGAAAAGCCAGAAUCCUGGUAAUGGACGAAGCCACCGCAUCAAUCGACAUCAAAACGGAUAAGAUCUUACAGCAAGUAGUUGCCAAUGCUUUUGCUGACAUGACAGUUCUUACUAUUGCUCACCGCAUUGCCACCAUAUUAGACGCUGAUUCUGUACUGGUACUGAGUGAUGGUAGUGUUGUCGAGUAUGACACACCGAGUAAUCUACUGGCAAAUAGUGAUAGUGCGUUUGUAUCAUUAGUAAAUGGGCCAUAAGUUAAACUUUCUUUCCGUCGCAUAAUUAAUUAACAAAAUAAUUUUAUUUGAGUACUGUUUUGUGAGAAAUUGAUUCUUCUAAUAGUGGACCAAAAUAGUUUAUUAUUAGAUGAGGAGAAUUUCAAUUGUAUUUUAUUUGUUGAUCCUUUAUAUAAUCACGUUUCUUAUUACGACACAUAUUUCUGACCCGUUCCUUUGCAUCCUUGUACUACUGUGCAUGAUCUGCUUUGUCUGUCUUACGAAAUCUUCUCAGCAAUUUAUAUUUCAGGCGCUUUACACUUUUACAUUCAAAAUCAAACCAUAUUGGUUGGUUCUGAAGUUUGCCUAAUUUAGUCAUAUGGCAUGCCUCAGCUGCAGAUGCCAACAAUGACUAAUUUUAACACAGUAGUCUGUGUCAUUAUUUGGAGUUUUGAUAAUAUAAUUUAGUUUAUUUUGUAUGGAUUCAGAGCAAACAAAUGCGUAAAAUAAGUCAGCACGAUCAACUGGCCA